GCGACCCGGCAGAAGGAGGGCCGUCAUGGCGGAAGCGGCGGAGUCUCCUGGAGACCCGGGAACGGCGUCGCCCAGGCCCCUGUUUGCAGGCCUUUCAGAUAUUUCCAUCUCACAAGACAUCCCAAUAGAAGGAGAAAUCACCAUUCCUGUGAGAUCUCGCACUCGAGAAUCAGACAGCUCCACAUUAAAUGAAUCUGUUCGGAACACUAUUAUGCGUGAUCUAAAAGCUGUUGGGAAAAAAUUCAUGCAUGUUUUAUAUCCAAGGAAAAGUAAUACUCUUUUGAGAGAUUGGGACUUGUGGGGACCUUUGAUCCUUUGUGUGACACUGGCAUUGAUGCUGCAAAGAGGUUCUGUGGAUGGUGAAAAAGAUGGAGGGCCCCAGUUUGCGGAAGUAUUUGUCAUUGUUUGGUUUGGUGCGGUUACCAUCACCCUCAACUCAAAACUUCUUGGAGGAAACAUAUCUUUUUUUCAGAGCCUCUGUGUGCUGGGUUACUGUAUACUUCCCUUGACUGUGGCAAUGCUGGUUUGCCGCCUGGUACUAUUGGCAGAUCCAGGACCAGUGAACUUCAUGGUUCGGCUUUUUGUGGUGAUCGUGAUGUUUGUCUGGUCUAUAGUGGCCUCUACAGCUUUUCUUGCUGAUAGCCAACCUCCAAACCGCAAGGCCCUUGCUGUGUAUCCUGUUUUCCUGUUUUACUUUGUCAUUAGUUGGAUGAUUCUCACCUUCACUCCUCAGUAAAUCAGGAGACAGAAAAUUGAAACCAGUGAAUUCAAGGCUCACCUGAAAGAUACGAUUCACCAUGGAACUUUGACACUAACCCUCUUUUGUCCAGUUUUGGAGGUGGUAUUAAAAGGGAGCCGUGCAGCACUGUGGUCACUUAUGUAAGGAACUGAUGUUUGUAAGGCUGUCUUUUCCUCUUAAUGUUUAUUUCAAAUACAUGUGCAUACUACACAUAGUAUGAUGCCUCCUUAAGACAUGAUGGGGUCACUGUGGUCUAUUUGGGUGAUAACCAAUGACUGGGGAAACACAUGGAUACAUCCUACGAGUUGAAUAGAGUUGGUGACUAUUUUCAGCUUUGAGAAUUCCAGUUCAGGUGCAGUUCUUAAACACAUUGCCUUAUGACUAUUAGAAUAUGCCUCUCUUUCAUAAAGAAGAAUAGUCUA